AUGGAUCGCAUGGUGAAGGAGACGAAGGCCCGGCACCCGGAGGUGAACCUCAUGUACUCAACGCCUAAUUAUUAUAUGAUAGCCGUUAAUGGGCUGAACGUUACGUUUAAGGAAAGGGCAGUCACUACCUGUCCGUUUGGUCUAACCAUAAGCUUAAGCCUAUGGGACGGCGUAUCGGGAAAGUGUGGCUAUGAUGCCUGUCCACAGAGUGACCCCAAAAAGCUGAACAUACAUCUCAUCGCCCACUCCCACGAUGACGUGGGUUGGCUUAAAACGGCUGAUGGCUAUUACGACGACUCUGUCCACCUGAUCAUCACGAAUGUGGUGAAGGAACUGGAGAAAAAUGCUGAGCGCAAGUUCACCCAGGUGGAAAUUUAUUUUUUCAAACGAUGGUGGAGUGUACAGACCGAUGAGCGCCGGGAUGUGGUCAGGAAACUGGUGGCUGAGGGCCGGUUGGUGUUCACGAAUGGUGGGUGGACUGUAAAUGAUGAGGGUGCCGCUCAUUAUAAUAAUAUUAUUGAUCAGAUGACCCUGGGUUUAAAAUUCAUUAAUCAAACAUUCGGUCAGUGCGCGCACCCAAAAGUAUCCUGGCAAAUUGACCCCUUUGGCGCCUCCCUGGAAAUGCCCUCAUUAUACGCCCAAAUGGGAUUCGACGCCCACGUUGUCAACCGGGGGCCCAGUAUAGACAAGGGAGAGUACAUAUGGGACGCCUCCCGGGACCUAAACACCAAGAUCUUUACCACUGUAUUGCACGCCCACUACGAGCCCCCUAAGGGCUAUGACUUUGAAAACAACAAUAACUCCAUAACCGACCAAAAUGUGGAGCAAAAGGUCCGGGAAUUCAUAGAUAUCGCCAAAAACUAUAGCAAAGACUACGGAAACACAAACCAAGUGCUGAUGACAAUGGGUAUGGACUUCAGGUAUAAGACAGCGAACACGUGGUUUGAAAACAUGGAGCGUAUGCUUAAGGAGGCAAAGGCCCGGCACCCGGAGGUCAAUAUGAUGUACUCAACGCCUAAUUGCUAUAUUAAAGCCCUUAAUGGACUCAACCGGACGUUUGCUGAGAGGUCGGUAGACUACCUGUCCUAUUGGGUCGGGUAUUAUUCUAACAGACCGGCAUUGAAGUACCAGGAUAGAAUUACUAAUAAUAUGUUGCAGGCGAGCAAACAGUUGUCAGUAUUGGCCCGAUUAGACCCCCUGAACACCAGGGCCUACAUGGAUGAGGCGAGUAAUGAGGUGGCAGUGAUGACACAUCACGACGCCAUCACCGGUACGUCACCGCAGGCUACGGCCGACGACUACACGAGUCGACUGCAGUCGGGAUACGCCGCCAGUAAACGAGUCAUUCAAAAGGCU